AUGGCCAAACACAUAUUCAACGCUCAAGUUUCGAUACGGGCUCCAUGCUGCAAGCGAUGGUUUGAUUGCGCCGAGUGUCACGCGGAGUCGGAAGAUCAUAUGUUAAGGAAGACAGCUGAGAUGGUGUUCAUGUGCAAGAAGUGCAAGAAGGCCUUUAGGAAAGACAUGUCAAACUACGAGGAGAGCGAUGAGUUUUGCCCGCACUGCGACAAUCACUAUGUCAUUGAUGCCAAGACGCCGCAGGCAGUGAUUGGAGUUGAAGGCGAAGAUGCGCGAGUUGAUGCACGGAUGCUCAAAGAUGAUCGUGUUCAACAGGAUCCAACGCGAUCCAUUUUUUCAAGGGAUUUUACGGAUAGAGUGGGAUGA